AUGCGUUUAUUGGUACUUUCACUUCCAUUUUUUUUGAAGUUAAUAGCACCGUUGAUAAUAGUCCAAAUAAUAUUACUUUUAUUUAGUCCAAAAUAUCAAAGGAUACAGCCUUUUCAAUGGUAUUAUAAGAAAAUAUACAGACCACUUUUAAUAAAUCCAGACAGCUACAGGUGGAAAUAUGGGUUAGUACCCUUGCUAUAUUUGUCCAUAUACUUUUAUCUAGCUGGGUACCUCUAUUUCUAUAAAAUAAGUUUAUACUUAGAUGAACCAAUUUGGGAAGUUUGGGGCCUAGCUCCCAUUUUAAUUGUUUUGCCGAUAAUAUUUGGUAUCAAGUGUGUAUUAAGUUCAUAUUCCACACCUCUUGAUUCUCCUAAAAACUUUUUUUUCCCAUAUGAUAACAUUCUAUAUUAUCCUAAUACUUAUUGUCAAACAUGUAAGAAGGUAAAGCCAGCACGGUCAAAGCAUUGUUCUGUGUGUAAUAAAUGUAUUGCUUUCCAAGAUCACCAUUGCAUUUGGCUAGCAUGCUGUAUUAGUGGGGAUAAUUACAAAUACUUUAUAACAUUUGUAUUUAGCAAUUGGUUAAUUUUAACAUAUGGUGGAUUAAGAUUGUUCUUUGUCAUUACUAAUAGCACCAACAAUUAUUCAGGUAAUAGAUAUUUGGUGAAAAAAUAUAUAUUUAGUUUGAUAAUUUUAUGCAUAUUAUUUUCCCUCGUUUUAACCUGGUUCUUAUAUACCCAACUAAUGCUAAUUAAGGAUGGUAUGACAACCAAUGAAUCAGAUAAAUGGUUUGAUGUUCAUGAAUUAAUAAGAAAUAAACAAUUAAUUCAACGAAUUAGUGACGGCGGAUAUUAUUACAUUUAUGAAAAGUUAUCAAAUAAAAAUAGCAAUAGUAAUUUUAAUAAGUCACAAGACGUUAAUACAAAUUGCGUAUAUGUUUUGUCAUUAAAUUCAUAUGAUGAUAAGAUUUACAAGUUAUUCCGACAAGAUUAUGAAUAUGUAGAGUCACCCGUUUUUAUCACUAACAUCUAUGAUUAUGGUGGGUUUUCAAAGAAUUUUAAAGUAUUUAUGGGAUAG